GACGGCCUCUACAUUCGAUAAGCUCCGCCCCCGCGUUCACACGGGGUGGUGUUUGGCAGCCACACUCGCUGUAGCUUGAAGUGGUGCGUCUCUCGGUUUCAGUCGGUGUCCGUCCCGGUUGAUGCUGUUUUUUUUAUUGCAGAACCAGCUCCGUCUCUUUGACUCAUGACAUUUUAAACCUCGGCGCUGAAACCAAAACGGCUGGAUGAGUGGGCCAACAUUCACCUCACCUCCUGCAGAGGUGGCUGAGAUUAACCGCAUCCAUUAUGAGCUGGAGUAUACGGAGGGCAUCAGCCAGCGCAUGCGGAUCCCCGACACCCUCAAAGUGGCCCCAGAGAACCAGGCAGGGUCCAUGCCACUUCACCAACCUCUGCCCCCUCACACGGCUCUGAUGCAGGUUCCUGAGAGGAUUGUUGUUGCAGGUGACGAUGAGGACCCCCGAUUUGCUCGUCCAAGAGACCUGGAUCUGAUUCAGUCCAUCCCUCCUGUGGACCUCCUGAGCAUGAAGGCCCCACCGCGGGUCCUCACGCUGACAGAACAACCUCUGGACUCUCUGGAAACAGAACAAACUGCCGGCUCACAGAGCAAUCCCAGCCACGCUGCCAACUUUCAUGCUCGGUCUCGAAGGGAAAGGAGCGCAAGUGAGAACAUGUCUGGCCGUCACAGCAGUCAGAUGAGCAGAGGUGAUAUAAGUGUAACUCCUUCCCCUUCUGCCCCCCCAGUCCGCUUGUGUCCUCCCCUCUGUUCCCCCGAAGACGCGAACAUCAACCUGUUCACAGCUGCUGGGUUUCUGUCUUACAUCCAGUCAACGACACGCCGUGCGUACCAACAGGUCCUUGAGGUCCUGGAUGACAACCACCGCAGGACACACCUGGACCUGGCCUUGGAUAUAAACCCAGAUGAGUCUGGCUUAGUGGACGCCUCGUCACUGCGAAGACAGAUUGUGAAGCUGAACCGACGUCUGCAGCUGCUGGAGGAAGAGAACAAAGAGCGCUCCAGGCGAGAGGUGAUCCUGUAUUCUGCCACAGUUGCGUUCUGGCUCAUUAACACCUGGAUCUGGUUCCGUCGCUAAACUGGGACGAAACUGAGUUUCCCAAAACACUGGAAGCCAAAGCAAUUCCUUGUUGCAGGUGUAAUCACUGAGUUACUGCAUGACUCUUUACUUGCAUAUAAAGAGAACCGUGGAAACUACAGCACCGGCAAAAGUUCUCAGCUACAAACCUCCAGAUUUUCAAAGCAAAUUCUCUGUUGAGAUUUGACUUUUGGGUUUUUAGUUUAGCACUGACAGGAAAACCUAAUAACCUUUAGUGCAUCUAUUCAAUGUUACAGAAUUUCACAAUGGCUAGUGUCCUAUUCAGAGUGAUUGCGUUGAGCUGUAGCAACAGAACUCAAACUAGAGUAUGCUAAAAUCGGCAGACAAAUUUAAAGAUUCACGUUACUCCUAUGUAAUCUUGCAAACUACUAGUAAGACAAAGCACAAAAACUGAGGAUAAAUAUGUUGCAUUCAACAAUAAGCAGUUACCUUGUUAGGCUAAAACUGGCCACAGUACAGAUUGUUGUGCACACUGAAUUUUAUCUCAGAGUCUGAUGAAGUUUGAGCCAAACUCUCUGACUUUCAGAUGCCGCACUCAUAUUUACUUUCAUUAGAAAUAAACUGAAUAUGGUGCAGAAGGCUGUUCUACGAAGCCAGAUAUGUUGAGCCUAAAGUCAGAGUAUUUAUUGUCAAGAUGGUGGUUCUUUUAACCUGCUAGAUCACCGUGGUAACUGAUGCUGUGCCGCUAACCUGCUCCAGAGAAGGCUGAGUUCACAGUUUAGGAUUUAAAUUUAGUGUAAAAAGUGCUACCCUGUCAUUCAUUCUUUCCCUGACCAUACUCUCUAUAACCAGAUUCUGAGUUUAGGGAGUACGUUACGUCAUCUGCAAACCUGCUGAGCUGUACGUUAGUAUUGCCAUCGAAUGAAGCUGUGCUGUUACAGCACAAACUAUGUGUCACGUUGCCACUGGAAACCUGCAUGCAUUCACUUGGUGAUGCAGAAAAUACAUAAAUAUGCUUUAAUGCUUUUGCCUCAUUUGCUGCCAACUGGGAGCAAUCGAUCAUUAGCAUUAAUUUCACUUUGAUUUGGCCAAAAAUUAAAGUGAUUCCUUUCAUUAUGGUACAGUGGGAGACACUAGCAUCAUAAUUUAUAUAGUUUUCCAUUAUAGCAACCUUUUCUUCUUUACUCCAGUCAGUGGCAUGUGAUUGGUUCAUUUUGUGCGGAAGGAGAAUGAUUAAUAAUCAAAUGAUGUGUUAUGAAAAUAAACUCAGAGCCAGAGAGAGAAAGUUGAUGACCAGCAUCAGAGUAUCCAUUCCCUCUGCGUGGGGUUUGACGAUCUGUUGAGCCAGUUUACACAAUUAAAAUCUGACUAUCAAACUUGCUUCGUAGUUCAUCCCUCAGAUCAUAUAGAAGAUUGUGUUAAGUAGCAAACGAGUGCCUGGGAACAAUCAGCAGAAAUUGUCAACCCUUACUGAUGGGUGGGUAUUUUAUGCAAAGAGCUAGGAAAAUCUUUCUUCAGCAAGAGAUACAGUGACACUUAUUAUUCCUCUUUGUGAAAGUAAACAAAAGCUUUAAAAGUUUUUUUUGAUGGCAAACAAGGAUUUACUUACGUGACAAAUGUUUUGGGAACCCAGAGCUGGAACUGUAGUUACAGGACCAAACCUCAGACCUGACCUGUUGUGUCCGUUUCAUCAGUUUGGCCAUAAACUACCUUUUUCAAAGUGUCAAAAUAAGAUUACUAAAUCUAGAUGCCAUAACAUUUACCCCGAAUGUCCCCUGAGUUUUUCACUACUCCAAACAUUUGUGUAGAGUACUUGAAUAGACCAUUGUUGAAAUGUUCUGUCCUGCUUUUGUUUUUUUUACCUCUUUGGCCAUCACAUAUGAAGGGAUUCUCUUGAUGAAGUGCUAACAAAACUACAAAUGGAAGUGAAGUGAUCGUAUUUUCUCUGCUGUUCAUACAGCUUAGUUUUUUUUUCCAGAGAAUUUGAGCUUUUAUGUGUUUCCACCUACAUUAAAAGCAUGUGGUUUUAUACAGCAGACAUUGUGAUAUAAGUCUUAGAACCAAUGUUGUACGAUUAUGUGUAAUAGAUGGAAAUGUAUAUGAAUUUAAAUAAUGAACUCGGUGUUAUUUUUUUUUGCAGAUUUAUUCAUCACACUAAAUACAGAAGCUUUAGCAGUGACUAUUGCUCUGUUCAGCACUGUACCUACAUGUGUCACUUGAAGCUGGAGUUGUACUUUCUUUGUAAUAUAUGAACACAUUCAUUGUUUGUAAAUAUUUUUGCUGUAAUAAAUGAUGGAUGUUA